UGUUCUCUGCUUCCACAGCCUCCUCUCUCUAACAGAUCUCACCUCCUUCUCUCUCUAAACAUUACACCUCUGAAGCUUCUCUGCUUAUUUUAGUUCUUCUCUAUCUCUUUUAUUUCUCUCUCUAAGGUUCCCAACUUCAUCUCCCUCUAGAAAUAAAUUCUGUUUCUCAAGUGGGGUUUUCAGGAUUAUCCUUUUCCACGAAAAGCAACACUCUGCUCCUCGUGAAUUGCAUGUCAAGUUGGCAACUUUGAGGGAGACCAUUAAAGAGUCUGUGAGAGAGAUCUAAUCUGGAGGCCUUGCCUUCAUGGCCAAAACGGGGUUUUUUUUUGCUUUUGGGGAAUUUUCAGGUGAAUGUAGUGUUUCUCAUGUUACUUUUUUUUAGUGCGUCUUUCUUCUUCUUCUUCUCUCCUCUAGGCCCCAUCCUCUUUUAAUCUCAAGCUUCUUUAUUACCUACCCAUUUUGUCAUAAUUGCAAAUGGGUUUAUACCUUUCAAAAGCUUCUUUUUUCCUGGGGGAGUUUAAGUUUGAAGAUUGACAUUUGUCUUGUCGGGUCUAUUUUUUAGCGUCCAGGUGGUGAAAGGAGUAGUGCUUUUGGUCUUCUUGAACUGAAGCUGAGGGUUUAGCAUGGGAGUGAAUGUAGAGUGAUCAAUGCAGUUUGGGGGCUUUAACAAAAGCUUGAGAUUUUGAGUUUGCUUUCAUGGGUUUGGGUUAGUAAAAUGUUUUUUUUUUUGGGAUGGUUUGUAGUGGUGAUUCUAUGCCCUACAGGAGCACAUACUGAUUGUUUUGAAGAACUUGUUGGACAUGGAGGAAAGUUUCGGGGAUUUGGUGUUAUAAUGGCAAAUUGGUUUGUUACCUUUGAGAUGAAAAUGAAUGCCUUGUGUUUAAUGGAGGAUCUUUGAUUGCUUGAGUUUUGGCUUUUUCUGUGGGUUUUGGCAAUCGGUUAGUUGGGUAUAAUUACUUGCCUUUUCGAAAGCAAUAGUGUCAGAUUUAAGAUUUAAUUUUUGGGGUGGAUAGAGUUUGAAAGAACCAAAAAAAGAAUAAGAAAGAUGCUAUAUAGUUUGAUUAGUUUUGUUAACCCUCAAGAAAUAAUGCUAUCAUUUGCAUUUAUGUUCUGAUCAUGACCAAGGCAGUCCGCACUAGGAUUCUCAAGGAUGCAAAUGGUGAUAUCGGUGAUCAUCUUCGAAAUCAUAUUCAUUUGACCAAUUGUAUUCAUCUGAAAAACCACAUGCUUAAGCAAAGCCCCAUACUGGCUGAUAGGUCAUUAAUGCGGGACCUCAUUACCCUUCAGAGGUCCCGAUCUUUGAGAGAUCCUUCGGCCAGUCCUCCUUCAUGGCACUCACCUUCUGUAGUUGAUUUACUUCCCAAGAAAGGUGACCCAGAUGCGGCCAUUCGAGAAGGUAGAAGCUCAGUUGGUACUGAGCGUCGAAGGGAAGGUAGGAGGCUGUCAGGUACUUCUCCACCCUUAGCAAAUUUAGCACCAUCAAAGGUCGUCCCAAGUGAUAUUAGUUUGGGUAUUGAUGGGGUAGCGGCUAUUAGUGAUCGCAGUGUGAAGAGUGCAAUUAGGGAUGGUAGGAGAGUUGUUACGAGAGAAGAAUUUUGUAGAAAAAGUGAUAGGGCUGAUCUAUUGGGCGGUGAUGAAGACCUUUUACAAGAUCACGCUGUUAAUAGUUUUAUUCAUGAAGCUGUUUCAAGGAAUUCAGAAUCAAAAGAUAGAAAGAGUAAACAUAAGGGGAAGCAUAGUCAGGAUAUGCAUAUUAAGACCCUUUCAGAGCAGCUAAAUGAGAUUCCAAGGGGUAGCGAUGUGGCAUCUUCCAACAUGCAUCUUCACGGAAGACACACACAACAGCAGAAAAUAGGUGAGCAUGAGACCAGUGUUAGUGGCUAUAGUGGAGUGAAUAGGGUGAAAAGACGGAAGUUUCGAAGUGCCAGAAGAACUCGGGCUGCUACUCCAGCUUCAAGGGAUGCUGGGGGACACAAAGAAAUGUCUGUUGCUUCUAAUUCAUUUGCUCAAGGUCCAGCACAGCCAAGGUAUCACAUGGAGGAAGAAGAAUAUGGGGACCAAAAUGUCACAAGGGCUCCCGGAAAUGGAUGUGGAAUUCCAUGGAAUUGGUCAAGAAUUCAUCAUAGGGGUAAGACAUUCCUUGACAUGGCUGGAAGGAGCUUAUCUUGUGGUUUGUCAGAUUCAAGGAGAGAUGGCACAUUUUCCCAUGGAAGAGAUUUUCCUGGCAUGCCUGUGGCAUCUGAUCAUUCUACUUCAUCUACUAAAUCUGAUGUAGAGGCUUUGCCUUUACUAGUGGAGGCAUCCGGAUCCCAUGAAAGCACUGAUAAUGCUGGUUGGGUGCAUGACUAUUCAGGAGAGCUAGGUAUAUAUGCUGAUCACUUGUUGAAAAAUGAUGUUGAUUCUGAAGCAAGAUCCAGUGAACAAUGCAAGCUUGGGCGGAACCACAAUGGUAGGCAUCAAAAUCUGACACAAAAGUACAUGCCAAGAACUUUCAGAGAUCUAGUGGGACAGAAUUUAGUAGCACAAGCUCUCUCUAAUGCUGUUUCUAGGAGGAAGGUUGGGUUGCUAUAUGUGUUUUAUGGGCCUCAUGGUACUGGGAAAACCUCAUGUGCUAGGAUAUUUGCCAGAGCUUUGAAUUGUCAAUCUCUGGAACAUCCAAAACCUUGUGGCUUUUGCAAUUCUUGCAUUUCACAUGAUAUGGGUAAGAGUCGAAAUAUAAGGGAAGUUGGCCCAGUCAGUAAUUUUGAUUUCGAGAGCAUUAUGGAUCUGCUUGACAGUAUGAUUGUUUAUCAGAUCCCAUCUCUAUAUAGAGUUUUUAUCUUCGAUGACUGUGAUAGUCUGUCUCCUGACUGCUGGAGUGCCAUAUUGAAGGUCAUUGAUCGAGCACCCAGACGUGUAGUUUUUGUCCUUGUCUGCUCAAGUCUUGAUGUUUUGCCUCAUAUAAUUAUAUCCAGAUGCCAGAAAUUCUUUUUCCCGAAGCUUAAAGAUGCAGAUAUUAUAUAUACUUUGCAGUGGAUUUCAUCCAAAGAAGAUGUAGAUAUAGAUAAGGAUGCACUAAAACUUAUUGCAUCGCGGUCAGAUGGAUCCUUGAGGGAUGCUGAGAUGACACUUGAACAAUUAAGUUUGCUUGGGCAGAAGAUAUCUGUUCCUCUGGUUCAGGAAUUGGUUGGGCUAAUCUCUGAUGAAAAACUGGUGGAUCUUCUUGAUUUAGCAUUAUCUGCAGACACAGUAAACACUGUGAAGAAUUUGAGAGUCAUAAUGGAAACUGGUGUGGAGCCAUUAGCUUUAAUGUCACAACUUGCUACCGUUAUCACUGAUAUACUAGCUGGUAGCUAUGAUUUCACAAAAGAAAGGCCUAGAAGAAAAUUUUUUCGACGAAAGCCAUUAUCCAAAGAAGAUAUGGAAAAGCUGCGUCAGGCCCUCAAAACUCUGUCAGAGGCUGAAAAACAACUUCGAAUGUCAAAUGACAAAUUAACAUGGUUAACAGCUGCCUUGCUUCAACUUGCUCCUGAUCAGCAGUAUCUGCUUCCUAGUUCGUCCACAGAAACUAGUUUUAAUCAUAGCCCUCUGGCCCAAAAUAACAUGGGUGGAAGAGAGAUUUCCAGAAAAGGUGGUGAACAUGAGAUGCCCAAUAAUGGGAGAGAUUUGCCAAUGCAUGUCAGAUUGGAAAGUCUCCCUGGUGGAACUUCUGCUGAUUUCCGCAACAAUGGCUCAACAAGUGGUAUUAGCAUUGACAGAAAAAGAAAUGCUGCGUCUGGGAUGGCUCCUCAUUGGACACCUGUACAAACUUCUGAUGAAAUCCGGGUGAACAGCAGGCAGGUUUCUGGUAAAAGCCAUAAGGGAUAUGAAGAAAUUUGGUUGGAGGUGCUUGAGAAGAUUCAAAUUAACAGUAUGAGAGAAUUCUUGUACCAAGAAGGAAAGCUGAUCUCUGUCAGUUUUGGUGCAGCCCCAACUGUGCAGUUGAUCUUCAGUUCACAUUUCACCAAAUUGAAGGCAGAGAAGUUUAGGGCACAUAUUUUACAAGCAUUUGAAUCUGUUCUUGGAUCACCAGUGACAAUUGAGAUCAGAUGUGAGUCGAACAAGGAAACAAGUGCAGGGUUCCGUGUGCCUCUUAUUUUACCAGCUUCUAAAAAUGGUUCAUCUGAGAUGGCUAUAGACCCCGUGCUGAAUGCUGGGAGCAGAAUGCCUAGGACAGGAGAUUAUCUUGAAGGGAGGAGUGAAAUUGUUGAAGUACCGACUUCUCCAAGAAAAUAUGAGGGUAAUGAACCAGCUAACCACAAUGUAGAAUCCAGUAGAAGAGGUUUACAGCACACUCGGGCAGGAGAAUCAGUUUCGAAUAAGAAGCCAGCCGUGAGGUCUUUGGUGGAAAGAAGAAAGCUCGGGGAAACAAGUCAGAGUAAGAGCAUUGUGAGAAGCAAGGUUUCCCUUGCGCGUGUAAUUCAGCAAGCUGAAGGAUGUACACAGCAAGCUGGAUGGUCAAAACACAAAGCAGUUUCUAUAGCUGAAAAGCUUGAACAAGAAAAUUUGAGGCUGGAACCUAGAUCAAGAUGCUUGCUUUGCUGGAAAGCAACUAGAGUGACACGGCGGAAGCUUUCUCGUUUGAAUAUUAGGACACGAAAACCACAUUCAUUGCUGAAGCUUGUCUCGUGCGGAAAGUGUCUCUCUUCUAAAUCUCCACGAUAGAACAAGGAAAAAUUUCCAGUGGCUUUGAAGGAUUCAGACUUCUACUUCAUCAAUACUAGCUUAGUGUAAUUAGCCAUUUUCUUGCCAUUUACCGAGUCAAUUCAUCUCUUUCAUCGAAUAAAUGUAAUGGUUAUUUCUGAUUAGAAUGUAGCGAAAAAUUAUCCAGUGUAGAUUCCUUCAUGCAAUCAUUAAAUAAUAGUCUUAGGCUUUCUUCUCUUCGACUCUUAAUUGCAGUGAGGCCUGACUUUUCU